AUGGCAGAUCUUAUAAAUUCACUGGAUGACUCUUCUUUUGGCGUCGCAUCCAUUGCCGGUGCUCUUACUCCGCCCCCUCCGCCCCCGGCGCCAAGCAACAAACUUCCAUUUCUACCGUUCCGUUUUUCUCCACUCGGAGUUAACAGUGUCUACAUUAGUGGUGCAGGUAGCAGUAUUGUUGGAGAUGCUGCUGCCAGGACCAGGGCUCCAUUGACGAGGCGCGUUCUUCGGGUUCCUAAUGUUGGAAAACCGAAAUUAUUUGGCGGCAGUAUUGAUGAAUAUGUGCAUGCUACCGGACAGGAGAUUCCCUGCAUCGUACUUUCUUGUAUUCGAGUUAUCAAUCUCUUCGGUAAAUCCUAA